UGUACAAAUCAUUAAAACAAUCACAAAUUCGCUUCUAGGGGAGUAUAUAGUGGAUUUAUACGCGACGGCAGCGAUGGAUCCAACGCAGGAGCGGGAGGCCUUUGAGCGGCUGUUAUUGGCUUGUAACGCCUUAUGGAUCGCUGCUUCACACUUGAUUUUCUCAAAAGUGGAACUGCAAAGGUUAAUAAAAAUGUCUCAUGCACGAAUUUGUAUUCCACAUCAGCGUUGACACGCGCGAAUUCAUUCAUUUCAAGACGUUAUUGCUGGUUUAUUUUGAUGGAAACUCAAUCCAAGUUUCGUUACACUUUUAUUUAUAUACUUUUACAUCAUUUUUUUCCCGCAGUUUGAAGGCCGAUUCCAGGUUGAAUUGGACUCUUUUUUAUUUAUUAUUUGUCCAGUUGAAAAAUGAUGCGGUCGACUUUACUGUUCAUCUAAAGGGGGUUGGGUAUGUGUGUAUGUGAGGGGGGGGGGGCUAAGGUUUCGAUUUAGAGACGGUCAAUUUUCUCGAAACAAAGGACUUGGAUAUCUCCAUCAUCUUGCCUGUGUGUGUGUGUAUGUGCACAUUCAGUCCCACUGAUAACAUCACAGAAAGCGCCUCCUUUUUGAUUAGAAAGAACACAUCUUUGCAGCACAUUUUAUGUGUUUGUGUCUUGCGUCUAAGCUCUCGAACCGCAUGCAGAAAGUUUACUGUAGAGUGUGAGAGAAUGCUGGUGAACGUGUGUGAUUAUUAUUCUUUAUAAAGCAGCGUGUGGUCGAAUCUCUGCGUCCUCACUUUGCGCAGUGCAGGUUCAAGUCCUUGCUUCAUGGUGUUCUGUGUCUGUUUAUGGCAAUGAUAAGGUGACACUAGCGUUAGAGUGUGUGCUACAUGGAAGUGUGUUAGUGGUUGAAACGGGGGGACAACGUUGUAAAAGUCAGCUCGUGUGAGCGGGUCACGGUUGAGGAGAUGAAUUUCCUCCAGCAGGAAAAAACAACAAAGACCUGCGUAUCUUCUGUUCGGUAAGCUCAAGGGCAAAAGCAGCCGCGCGCGGUCUGGACCCGGCACAUGGACUCUCCAUGUUAAUAUCGGGGAAGUGGAGGAAAACAAAUACACAUCCUGUUUGUUCAUGCUGGGCAAAAAGCGAACCGAGGCUGGAUUAUCAUGCAAAGGGGGGGUUAAAUGUGGAUUGGCUCUCCUGGAAAGAGCCAACCUGUGACGGACUCUCUCCUUCCCAUAAUGCAAAUGUCUGCUGGUGAUUUAGAAGGCCCGUGGAAUCUGAAUUAGUUGAUGAAUUUUCUAUCGAUCCUAAACAAGCCAGAUUUAUCUCUGACAUGGUGCUGCUGCUGGGUGGCGGUGGAGCACUCUCCUACUCCCCGUUAUUAGGGAUUUAAAAGAAAAAGAACGUUGGUAAGCACGUCUCUACACACACACACACACACACACACCUACACACUCACACACACGCACACAAAUAUAUACACAGAGGGUGGUGCAGGCGCCACUCGAAAUCCCCCCGAGCGCUUUCUUUUUUUUUCUCCUUCUUCCUUCUUUUUCUCCUUUUUUUGAAGUCCCAGCCAGACGCGUAAAAGGAGAGAAAAAAGGUUCAUUUGCAUCACGGAGGACUUGUCAUCUGUACUGUACUCUUGCUGCUCGCGUGUGUCCGUUUGCGCGUGCGCCUUCCUCGAGCUCAAGCCGGAACGUAUUUUAUGCGUGUCGGACGCACUUUUAUUGUUGUUGUUGUGAUUCUCUGGCUGCUUUAGGGCGGUGUGCGCGCCGACAUGUGGUGGAGGGAUCUGCAGAAGGGGGAAAGAGAGGGGACGGUGUUUGGGAGGCUGUGAAUGCCCACAAACGGAGGCCAUAUGAUGGUGCGCGUGCGGGGGCCGUGUAUAUGCUUAAUCCCAUUUCCUUAUCCGGGGUUCAUCCCGGAGGCGCGCCAUUGGCCGGCCGCCGUCACGUGGCUUCUUAACUUUGUUCACUUGACAGAAAAGUAGGAGGGUUCAACGGAACAGGAAUAACCGAAGAGUAAAGGGAUGAGAUAUAAAUUUUAGUUAUAUAUUUUCCGAGUAGGUGCAAUUCCACAAAAAGACUGACAUUAAUGGCCAUGAGCUCCUAUUUGAUCAACUCCAACUAUGUGGACCCGAAGUUCCCACCGUGCGAGGAGUACUCACAGAGUGACUAUCUGCCCAGCCACUCUCCGGUCUACUACAGCUCCCAGAGGCAGGAGGCUGCCGCCUUCCAGCCGGACUCCCUCUACCACCACCAGCACCACCCGCAGCACCAGAACCACCACCAGCAGCGCGGCGAGCCGCCGUACACGCCGUGCCAGCGUCCGGGGCAGCCCGCCUCGGUGGUGAUUUCCCCGCGGGGUGAAGUCCUCCCCGCGGCUGGGCUGCGGACGGCCGCCGUCCCGGAGCUGAGCCACCACUCCGACUCGGUGACGCCCAGCCCGCCUCCGCCCGCGACUUGCGGCAUAACACCCCACAGCCAAGGCAGUUCGUCCCCCACGAGCGCCAAGGACCCCGUCGUCUACCCGUGGAUGAAGAAAGUCCAUGUAAACAUCCUGAGCUCGAACUACACAGGCGGUGAGCCGAAGCGCUCGCGGACGGCCUAUACGCGCCAGCAGGUCCUGGAGCUCGAGAAGGAGUUCCACUACAACCGGUACCUGGCGCGCAGGCGCAGGGUGGAGAUCGCCCACACGCUGUGCCUGUCGGAGCGGCAGAUCAAGAUCUGGUUCCAGAACCGCAGGAUGAAAUGGAAGAAGGACCACAAGCUGCCCAACACCAAGGUCCGCUCCGGGACCAACAACAACAACAACACAAACUCCCAGGCUCUAACCGGCUCCCAGAACCGCGCUGGGCCCCUAUAGCCUGGUUCUCCGGCUCUCUGUUUUAUGGUCUUCCUCUCCUUGUUCCAAAACUGAACGCCGAAGCGGCAGCCGCGCUUGUAACCACCGGAGCCCGCACUUAGGACCGGAAUAACGCCUGUGCUCUGGAGGAGGAUGGGGGGGGACAUGUCACUGCCGCCUGUUCGGCCUUGAUAUGUGCUGAUGUUACACUCUCUAACAUCACGUUAUGACGUGGGAGGGGGUGGAGGGGGGAGAAUUCCCAUUCAUGAAACAAUGAAACGAACAAAAGUAGGCGAAGGAGACUGAGUGAAGUGAGAAAGCGCCGCGGCCGCUCCUUUGCUUUCCCCUCCUCGUUCCCUCUCUGUCCCUCCCUGCUUUUUAUGUCUGUCUUUUAUACUCGUCUCUCUCUCUCUCUCUCUCUCU